UCUCACCUACCCAAGGAGAGAAGACCGCUCCAAGACAGUGAGAGCUUCCCUGCAUUCUCAGUGCACAGUCCCUGAAUCGACCUCACAGGAGUAACCUGGCCUUAACUUUUUGCGCUUGUUUUACUCUAAUUUCUCUCCAUCCCCCUGGACACUCCGCUGCAUAUUUUUUUGGGGGGGUCUUUUGUUUUCCGGAUCUUCACCCUUUCCCUCAGGCCUCUCCAUGGCUCCCUUAGCUGAAGUUGGGGGCUUCCUGGGCGGCCUGGAGGGCUUGGGCCAGCAGGUGGGCUCGCACUUCCUAUUGCCUCCUGCCGGGGAACGGCCGCCGCUGCUGGGCGAGCGCCGGGGAGCGGCGGAGCGGGGCGCCCGCGGAGGGCCAGGGUCUGCGGAGCUGGCGCACCUGCAUGGCAUCCUGCGCCGCCGGCAGCUCUACUGUCGCACCGGUUUCCACCUGCAGAUCUUGCCCGAUGGCAGCGUUCAGGGCACUCGGCAGGACCACAGCCUCUUCGGUAUCCUGGAAUUCAUCAGUGUGGCGGUGGGACUUGUCAGUAUUAGAGGUGUGGACAGUGGUCUUUACCUUGGAAUGAAUGACAAAGGAGAACUUUAUGGAUCAGAGAAACUAACUUCUGAAUGCAUCUUUAGGGAGCAAUUUGAAGAGAAUUGGUAUAAUACCUACUCAUCUAACAUAUAUAAACAUGGAGACACUGGCCGAAGGUAUUUUGUGGCACUCAACAAAGAUGGAACUCCAAGAGAUGGUGCCAGGUCCAAAAGACAUCAAAAAUUCACACAUUUCUUGCCUAGACCAGUUGACCCAGAAAGAGUUCCAGAAUUGUACAAGGACUUACUGAUGUACACUUGAAGCAUGGUAGUGUUUUUAUUGAAGAAUGAAACCACACUGUCCUUUUAUUUUCAUAGUUCCCAUCAUUAAAUAAUAAUAAGCAAGGAAGAUAUUCAGAAUAUUAUUGUCUGAUUUUUACUGGGAGAUUAAAUUUGGAAAGAAGAGUGAAAAAAAUUGACUUGAAGUAGAUCAAGAUCACUCUUUGUAAGUGGAUUAAGUUUACUUGGUUCAGUUCACUGGCUCAAUCCUUAACCAGUACAUGGAAGCUGAAAAAUCAGUUCAAUUCUGGAUAAAGGGAAUUCCACCUAGUUUGCUGCUGGUGCCUCACCUCUUUGGAUUAUGUUUACUUUGAAUGUUACAUUAAAAAUAGAUACUUCAUGUUGAAGACAUGGACUGACAUAGUUGGCCAUGAUUAUUGCCUCGAAAAUUCUGAGGACCUUGUAUGAUUUUGCGAGUUAUGGCAGCGCAUGUAAAACAACAACAGCAAAACAACAACAAACAUACAACAUCCUGAUGACCACGGACUAUAAAAUAUGCCACACCAAGUUGGAACAUUUUUAAAAAGAAUGGACCUAUUUAUACAUUUUCAAUUUGCAAAUAUUUAUUAUAUAUUUAUUUAUUAAAGAGUUUAUUUUUUACUGGUGUAUGAAGAUGAUACAAAGAGUAAAAAAAACCACAAAACUUCAAUGAUUGUGCCAUUGCUUUGUUGUGGUAUCUUGGGCUAUAAA